GGCGAACUAUUUUACCGCGCAGCUUUUUCUCGAGUAAUCUUCAAAUCGAUCGCCAUAAAAAUACUUUAAUAAUAAGUGAAAAUGCCCGACGCAAUCAUAGAUAGCAUAGUUACCGGAAAAUUGGAUACUCAGCUGGUGGUGCGGUGGUUAAAUAAUGAAUCACUUGAGGAUGUGCCUGAAGACUGUGCGUUACUAUGCAACAGUAGGAGCGAAUUCGUGGCUUGUUUUCUUUCGUAUUUACGGAUUCAAACUGACAGCAUAUUGCAGACGAAUAACAGUGCCUUGCAAAUACGUCAGCGGACGCCAGAUAAAGUGCUUAAUUCAAGACGAAAGCAUCGAAGGUCGAUAAGCGAUCCAACGAGUGAUGAUCGGACAGAUUCACUGAGUGUCAAACCUGAUCGUCGCAGCCAUGAAUCUCCAAGUAAAGAUCGGAGACGAGGCCGGAAAGUCAAGACUAAACUGUUUAAUGAAGAUCGUAAGGAAGCAUCAGUAUCUUCAGAUGAAUCUAGGUUGAGUUUAGGCAUGGAACGAAUGGUAGUGUCAAGCACACCUAUGAAGAACGGUUUAAGGCUGUCCGAGUCUCCUGUGACUACUGCAAGCCCGGUGACCCCGCAGCGGUUUACUUAUGACCGUUGUGAUACUCCUCGCCUAGCCCAUAGGAAGGAUAAGUCUGUAAGCUUAGGAGAUUUUAUUACGUCCGCUCAAAAAACUAAGAAACGUAAAAGCAGAAAUGCGUCUGAAGAGAAUGAGAGUAAAGUAGACUUAGAUAUCAGUAACACUGAAGUGUUUCCAGAGAUUUCUAGAAAAGCUAGCUCGCUACGAUCUGAGAAACGGAGGAUAAAACCUACAAAUCUAGACGGUUCUAUGUCUCAAAAGAGCUUCUCAUUGAACAGUUUUAAUUCCGAGUGCUUUCAGCAGCCGUCUCCGCUAGCGUUGGAAGAGAACAAUGUAUUUAAAAACCAGAAGCUACAACCGAAAGAAUUAGCAAAUUCAUUUGAAGCGGAACGCAAUAUCCUGAAGCUGGAGAGACAAAAAUUGAUGGAGAAAUUUAAUUUAAACGCAUCAUCAACUACGUCAAUCCCUGUCACACCACAAAUAAAAAUAAUCAAAAAAGACUGCAUCGAACGAACACCGAGUUACGUCAACGCUGAAUCAUCCAAGGUUGUUUUUAAGGACAAACUCGACUUAUUGAUCGAAUUAUACGAUGUUCUAUUAAAAAAUAACUUAAUCUUAAGUGUAAAUUCGGAAAUCUAUUUCCUAAUAUCUAUUUUACUGUCAAAACAAAUCGAGGAAGAUUAUUUGGAGAUCGAAACAAAAUUAACAGAGAAAAACCUAACCAAUUACCUGCUUAAAUCUAUACAUAAUUCCACAUAUUUCGCAAUAAAAUCCCUCUGGAACUUACGGUCAAUACUUGAAGUUAUUCUGGACAAGAAUUCAUUGAAAAUACUUGGCGAGAACAAGAAAGUUCGCAGUUAUUCCGCAGACUUGGCUAAGUUUCUCCUGAACUGCUACGGGUUGAAGUGCGAAGCGGAAAGCCAGGAGAAGCCCCGCUCCGUAGACAAGAGGACAUCUAACGGGAUCGUGUGCUUUAAUUUAGAGACGGAUAAUGCGGAGAACUUUCCGUCUUUACUCAGCUUUCAGAAUUUUAAGAAACAAAGGGAUAUGUUUUAUGAGAUAUUGAGAUGGUAUACGGAGAGCGCGGCGGCGGGCGUGCCGCGCUCCACGCUGCGCGCGCGCGUCAAGACGUUAGUGGGCGCCGGACACGCCUGUGCCAACCACCACCACCUGGCCGCGCUGCUGGUCGCUCACAUGCUGGCCGAGUGUCUGCAUACUGAACAGGAAUCGAAGCUGAGUAAGCUGCAGCGCCGCCUCACCUGCCCCGCCGGCGACUCCCGGCUCCCACACUUCACAGAGAAGGAGACCUUUUACAAGGAUGUGCUCGUGAACGCGGGGAGCGAGUCGUUCCGCGCGCACGUGCGGGACGCGCUGGCCUCCGAACUGAUCGCGCUUGACAGCACGCCCUUACAGAAUGCUAAUAGCAGCGACAUAUCCCGCGAGUACCUCCAGCUCCAACGCAAGCUAGGCCUCCUGGCCAAGUUCCUGGGGUUCCUGGCGUCGCUGCCGUACGUGACGCUGCCGGCGGACUGCAAGUCUGUCAGUCAGCCCUGCGAGCCGAGGGAGAGGGUGCUGCAGGCCAGCCUGCAAGCCAGGAGCUAUAGCCAGCCAGCGCUCGACCUGCAAGGCCUCCUCUCGGCCGCCAUAGCCGCCGGCCGCACCACCAUCACCGUGCCCUGGCUCGCGCACUACCUGUCCACGCUCGACCACGUCAGCUGCCGCCUGCCGUACUACCGCCGGCUGCUGGCCGCCGUGGCCAAAAUAUUUAUGAAUGCCUUGAUGACGAAUCGAACCAUUGGCCGCUUUUUUUUUACUCAUUUCAUACGAUUUGUUUCAGGCUGGUUGUUCGACCUGCCCCACCUCCCCCCGGCCGUGUACGACGCCCCCCCCGCGGCCCCCCCCGCCCCCGCCGUGUACAACGCCCCCCCCGCGGCCCCCCCCACCCCCGCCGACGGCGUCGACAGCCUCGACCUCAUAACCGACGCGAUGCUGUUCGAGCUCUGUCCCUACCUCCGCGAGGUCAACGUCCUCUUGUCCACGUGUAAGGUUGACAGGAAAGAGACCUACCGCCACAUCACGCCGGUCAGCCUGAGUGUGAAUAGCGAGGAUCGUGUGAGGAGCAAGGAAAAGGAACUGCAGAUGCGUCUAGAGGAAGAGCUGAUCAAAUCCCAGCCGUCAUCGACCCGCCGAGUCCUAGAACUGACCAUAGAGCGUGUGACGGCGGCCUGCGUGCGCGACCUGACGGCCUCCGUCAACGCGGCCCGGGCCAUGGCCAGGGACGGCGCCAGGAAGGCCGUGGCGGAGCGGGGAGACGAUCUGCAAGCUCUCCUCAAAACCCUACAAGCCAUCUACACGUCCCACCUCACCCAACUACGGGAGUCCGCCCAAAACAUCGACACAUUGUCCCGUGUUAGCGGCGCCCUGACGUCGUUACUGCCACUCGCGCCCAAAGCGUUGCAGCACGCGGCCGCCCGGGCCAGCAAGGCGGCCGUGCUGCGGUGGGCGAGGGACCACUGGACUAGCACGGCCGUCUUAUGCAAAGACAUAGAAGCGGAAAUGCACAACCUCAUAACCCUCGGCGACGCGGUAAAGCCGGAGCCAAAAACGGAACCCAAGCCGAGCGAGGCGCUCGACAACUUCACCUCGGCCGUCAGCGUGGCGUCCGCCAUCAUUCAUCUUAAGGAGCAAGUAUGCCUUCUGCUAGACUACGAGGAGCCCACGGGUUUGAGCGGCGCGCUCGCGACAUGCUCGCGAGCAUGCUCGCGAGCAUGCUCGCCGAACAACAUGUUCGGGCGCGGCGCGCGAGCCAUCUUGCAGCUCAGUGUGGACGCGUGCGUCGUGUAUGUGAGCCGCAAGCCUAGAGACGUGACCGAGUCGUUCCUGAACCAACUGCACGCGGUGUGGAGCGUGUGCUGUCCCGACAGGAACAACGAGCCGCAGGAACCAGAUCUGCCGGAGAGACGGGACCUGUCUCCAGAACUAAGGAACUUUGAAGACGACAGAGCCCCGACACCCAUCACAAGCGACGAGGAAGACGCACCAAUCACUAAAACCAAUCGCAACGUCAAAAACCUCAUCAUUGCCCCGAACACUAACAGCAUUAGCAUCAAAAUCCCAAGCCCGACUCUCAGCCCGAUCAGUCCUAUGAGUCUCAAGAGUCCGCUAAGUCCAAACUUGAAAAGUCCAACUAGCCCGAACGUAAAAAGUCCAAAUUCAUUAAAAAGUCCAAAAUGUCCUAACGUCCGGAGUCCAAGAGCUUUAAGUCCGAAGCCAAAAGCGAAUUCGAGUGUGAAAUCGAUAAAUAAUAGCUCAAUUUUAAGCGUAGUUGAUACAGAAUAUACAGAAGUGUUGGAAUUUUUUGAUAGAAUAUUGUGUCCGAGGAACAUAGUGCUGCUAAAUACGUCGAAGUGUAAGAGUGGUGAAGUUUGGGAAGCGCUGGCGACUGUGCUGGUGUUUCUGCUGAAGUUUGACUAUCUCAGUGAGGAUUCGCUGACAGAGCAAUGCUUGGCUGUUUACAGGCAGGAUUGGCCUCAGAGCGUCCUGGAGAGCCUCUCAACGUGUCUGAAGUCAGUAUCGUCUCGCUGGACCCGCUCCAGCGGCAAAUUCACCCUGUUCCUGGACUUCUUGGCCGAAUUCUGCGGGGAUUUAGACCUGGAACCCAUCGAGUGAGCGAGACAGCGCUAUACGCGUAUAUAGUGGUGUCCCUUUCGCACACCGCCUCUAGCGGCAAGUUUACAUUGUUCCUGGACUUCUUGGCCGAAUACUGCGGGGAUUUA